UUUGAAGAAUUGGCGCAUAUGGAGAAAAUUCCUGCCUUAUUAGCUCCUGAUGGUAAUUUAUGCGCCUACCAUAGUGGGAACGAGCAUUGGAAAAUAAAGACUCGAUUCAAAGAGGGAGCUUGGAAACGGCUAUUAUAUCUUGGGAAGGCAGCAGGCAAAUUACUCCCCUUCAGUGUGAGGAGGGCAGGAAAGUUCUCAUAUUUUCAUUGGUCACAAAAGCCAGCAGAAGUAAAUAAAACGGUUGAAAGUUGGCUUAGAAUUAGGGAAUGCGAGGCUGAUUUGAAUCAGGGCUUUACAUGA